AAUAGAUUCAGAGUUGACUAAGCGUAUUCAACCAAAAGGAUCUUACCAUAUUUCCCAAUACUCUUUUGCCACAGGCGCACCAAUUUCAGGCUCUGCAGUUGAUCAAGUAGACCAAGUUGUUGGUUAUGUGGGUUCAGGAUACCCUUUUGGUGUUAUGGCCCCGAUGCUAUUCCGACGGCACCACAAAGCUAUUCUGCAGUCACCAAAAGCAAAACUAUUUGUUAUGGGAACUCGGGACGGGUUUACCAGUGUACUGAAAAACAAACUCCAUUGUGCAGCAGGUCGUGUCCUGACACACCUUAUCGAGGGAGUAAGCCACUUCCAAAUGGAAGGUCCAGCGUAUGAUGCUCAGAUGGCUAAUCUGAUCCUGCAAUUUAUUUCGUCCUUGUAG